CGGUAAAUUGUGAUAGAUGAUCUUUCGGAGUUUCCACAUCCAGUUGAAAGCAUUCUUCAUUUUCCAAGAGGGAUGUUUGCUGCGGCUGCGUACACACAACUAAACUUAAACUUAUAUGAGAGCUAUGUAAAUGCUGCAUUGCUGUCGAGAAAUUGCUUUGCUGCUUUGGUACUUUUCUGCGGCGGGGGUUUACUGCCAUCUAUCUACACGUUUGCGUAGUAGCCACAGUUUAUUCCGCGCUUGGCAGUCGGGCGACACAGUCGUUUCGUUAGUUUUAUUUAAAUCGAACCACAUGAUUCGGAUAAUUUCUUUUGGCCGCUAAAAAGGAUAAUGGAAAGCUAAACGCUAGUGUGAAACCUAAAGCCUUUAAAAAUAUUGGAUUAAAAAAAAAAAAUAGUUUAAUUUAAGAAAGAAGAGAAGCUCCUUCCUAUUCGCAUCUCAAUCAAUUAUCGCACUCGAUUCAGCCAGUUACGCGCUAACAUAACCUCAAUCCACUCAUCAUGAAGCACACCAUCGAACAAUUCGCCGAAACAGAAUUAUCCGAACAAAUUCUAAAGAUUGCCAAACGCGAAUUGCGCGAAGAUAAGUGUACGCGGGAGCAGAGUCUGGAACAACUGCGCAACUGGAUAUUGAAACAUGAGGAUAUGCGCGAUGUGCGGCUGGACGAACAGUUCCUUUUGCGCUUUCUGCGUUGCAAAAAGUACAGUGUGCCCAUGGCGCAACAAACUCUACUCAAGUACUUGAAUGUGCGCCGCACUUUUCCACACAUGAGCACACAGCUGGACUUUCUGGAACCCAAGUUGAAUGACAUUAUCAGCAGUGGCUACAUUUUCGCCUCACCGCAGCGCGACAAGAACGGACGUCGUGUGGUGGUGAUCAAUGCCAAAGGCUUCAAUCCAAAGUUAUACAACAGCAGCGAUCAGGCGCGUGCACAUUUCCUCACCUACGAGUGCCUCAUGGAAGAUCAAGCCACACAAAUCUGUGGACUCAUACAUGUGGGCGACUUUGCCGGUGUCACCACGACGCAUGUGACCAAUUGGAAUCCGACCGAAUUUGCACGAGUUUUUCGUUGGAGCGAACAAUCGCUACCGCUGCGACACAAAGAGAUACAUUUGGUGAAUGUGCCGGCGACGCUCAAGUGGCUAAUCGAUUUCGUGAAGGGACGCGUGAGUACGAAGAUGCGCGAUCGGUUGGUGCUCUACACACAGGACAAAGAACUGGCGAAGCAUGUCGAUCCGACUUGCCUGCCACAAGAACUGGGCGGUCAUAUGCCCAUGAAAGCGAUGGUGGAGUUGUGGAAAGAGGAGCUGGUGGCCAGGCGUGAGGCCAUAAUCAGCCUGGACAAGAGCGCGCUGCUCAGCGAUCGUGGAAUUUUGCGGAAAAGUAGCUUCAACGCGGAGAAAGGUACUAAUGGAUUGAAUUUCGCCUCACAGAUCGAGUCGAUUGAGGGGAGUUUUCGCAAACUGGAAUUCGAUUAGACUAAAAGCAGCGAAGUUUUACUGGAGAAGAGAAAAAAAUAAAAUAAAAAAAAAA